GCUACUUCGGCGGAAAAUUUAUUGAUCGUAUCGUUUUAAUCGAAAAAUAAUGUCAUGAAAAUAAUUAAGCAGCUUAUAUACGAACCCAAAACAUUAUUAUCCAUGCAUACCUGAAACAUUUGACUAUCUAGCUCUAGCUAUAAUCUUGAGGCGCUGCUCGUGGUAGGAAGAGAAAUUACUUUCAGGCGCCGAAUUUUGACGAACACAAGGCUUGUUUAUUUUCUUCAGAAUUUAGUCUAGCCGCCCUCACUCCUGCGCGCCAAAAACUUACACGCGGUAAACAACUAGAGAAAAAAAGCUAUUCUCUUGUUUUGGUUUCUCAAUAUUUUCACUUCAACAUUCUUUAUAAUAAACUGCUCAAAAUCAUGAGUGAAGACGAACAGAAAUCAGAAUUUGCAGUGGAACCAAACGAAGCUGAAUCAAUAAACGGUGUCGAUCACAUCACGUCCAGAGCCGAUUUGACACCGUAUUUUGUAAACAGUGAUCAUAGUGUGAAUAAAAUACACGUUUCAAAGGUGCCGCAAAUUUGUCGCACAGAACCAUGUCAGCUGGGAGUAGACGAGGCGGGUCGAGGUCCGGUUCUGGGUCCGAUGGUUUACGGAAUUUCGUACGCUCCGUUGAACGAAAAGCAACUGCUGGUGGACUUGGGCUGUGCGGAUUCGAAGACCCUGACUGAGGAUCAAAGGGACGCAAUUUUCGACAAGAUAUGUGAAAAUGACGAUAAAAUGGGCUGGGCAGUAGAAGUAAUAUCACCCAAUGUCAUAGCGAACAGCAUGUACAGGCGUAGCAAAGUUACGCUUAACGAGGUAUCGAUGAACUCUGCAAUUGGAUUGAUCAGGAGGGCGAUAGAGGCGGGAGUCAAUCUUGCCGAGGUCUAUGUUGACACUGUUGGAAAACCUGAAAAGUAUCAAGCAAAACUGAAGGAGAUAUUUCCCGAACUUAAAAUAACCGUUGCAAAAAAGGCUGACUCCACUUAUCCUAUCGUUAGUGCGGCUAGUAUCUGUGCCAAAGUAUCCAGGGACCAUGCGCUGAGAGCGUGGCAAUUUAGGGAGGGUGAAAACGAGAACGAGUAUGGUAGUGGGUACCCAAAUGAUCCUGUAACAAAAAAAUGGCUCACUCAGAACAUCGAUCAAGUUUUUGGCUUCCCGCAAUUAGUCAGGUUCAGUUGGUCGACAGCUGAGAAAAUUCUUGAGUCAAGCGCUCUACCUGUUGAUUGGGAAGAGGUCAACGACGAAGAAUCUACCCCGAAUAAUCAAAAGAUAUCUAAAUUCUUUAGCAAAGUUGAUACGCACAAUAAAGUUAACAGGAAGAAACACACGUUCUUUGCAGACAGGUGCUUGACCAACGCGACUAGCCUCUGAUUGUUAAUAUUUAUUUUAUUAUAUCGAGAAGAGGAAAGUUUUAUUAUCGCAUUUAAGUUUUAAAUUGUUGACACAAUUUCUUGAAGUAUAAAAACGAAAUCAAGAUAUUUUAAGUCGCAAGUCAUAAUAAGCGAACAAUUGCAGGCAGAUAGAAUAUCUUGUUCUCUACCUCGAUUUUUAAUUUGUUUUUUAAAUGAUAGAUGAGUUCUGGCAGUUUUAUUUUUAAUGGUCAAUUUCAACGACCCAAGCCCCAGAACACUUUUUUUCUUAAACUUAUUUAUUGUUACUUUCAGCAUUAUAGAUUUCAAAUACUAUGAAAUUCGAAAGUAUUGUCUCACUAUAUUGUACCGCCUUUGAAUUACAGUUAGAAGAAUAAAGCAUUAUUUCUGAUAUUA